UAAUCGAACCUUCUAGUCAACAAGCGAUACCUCUACCUUUAACUUGAGUUACGCUUGAAUUAGUUUAUUGUGUGAUGUCUUGUGUUCUGAAUCAGGUUUCAGUUCAUGCAUAUUUGUGGUGAUAAGAGCGUACUGUUUUCGUCGUCAAAUAAUUCAGGCUGACAAAACUACAUUUACAAUGGCUCGGCUGGUCACUGAAAAGGGGAAAAUGAGAGAAGACGAAGAAAUGAGUAUCAGGGCAUACACCUCCGAAAUAGAAGAGAUACUGGAAGCAAAGGAUAUAACUGGGACACUCUUUUCAAAAGGAAUUCUAGACUUUCCUGAUCGUCAAGAAAUUGAAGCAUGCCAUUCAAAAAUUGAAAGAGCCAAACGUUUCCUCAACACCAUUGUAUUUAGAGGACCAAACGCCUUUACUGAGUUUGUGUCGGCUUUGAAAGAAAAAGGUUACAUGGACCUAGCCGACAAACUUUGCCAGAAAAACACUGCAGAUGAAAUCGCCAUGCUGAUCAGAGAUGGAAGGAUGGUGGACGAACUCAACAAAGAGCUCGGUGAGCUUAAAACACGGAUGAAAAGCAUGGAGAUCACGUUCCACAGAACAGGUGCAACUAAACGAGAUAUAGAUUCAUUAAAAGAUGGCAUAGAAAAUAUGUCCCUGACUCUAGAGAAGAUAGAAAGUUUGACAAAGACGAGCGAAGAAACUGUGUCUACCAUCAACUCAAUGCACCGGCAACUGAAGCAGAAGGACAAGGAGCUUGAAGCUGCACGAGCAGAGAUACAGAAGCUGAAGGAGGAUGUGUUGAAGCUUGAGAAAGAUAACUCAGUAUUGAGAGGGGAACUGGAGAAACAAAGGGGGGUUGUCGAGAACUUGAAUGAUGAGAUGGAAAAGAUGAAGGAGAAGAACACAGCUUUGGAGAAGAAAGUUGAAGAUAGUCAAGCAACCUUCACAGAGAUUCUGCGAGAUCAGAAGAAAGAAAUGAACGAAAUGAAAAGGACUAUCCAGGACAUAUCAGCUCAGAGUAAACCACUGGCUGUGAAGCCUGUCAAACUGGCCCCCAGGGCUAUCAUUCCACGGAAUAGGUUUCAGAAGAAAUAACAGCGGCAGUGACAGUAUUCCAGUGAUAUCACUGUAUGUCGGCGUAAAGUUGGAGGAAAGCCCGAAGUGAUGCAGGUCUCGGACGUGAAACCAACGAGCACGGGUAUGGUGCUGACAAAUCUAGAAACAUAAUCGGGGCGAACCGGGAUUCGAACCCCACAAUCAUAGGUUUCUGGCGUGCCCAAGAGACGCAACUCUGUACAGCGAAUUGCGGCACCAUAGACGACUGGUCCACCCGUGCCCCUCAGUGACAAAAGAACAGACUAAUAAAAUCUGACAAUAUUGGAACUGACGAGGAGCUGAUAUUUCAAGCGUCCUUCAAUAAACACGAAAUAACCAUGUAAGGAUGACUACAGCCGGUGAAAGACAUUUCAACUGUGAUAAGAAGGCUCGCAUGUUUUUGCGUAUGUCAUGUUGAGGCUUCGGUCGACAGGAAUGUAAAUCCCUGUUGGAGGUGACAAACCGUAAACUAAAAUUUAAUACGGUUUUGAUCCCUUUGACUGAAUACCUGUUGUCGGUAAGAGGCGGGCCCGUGAAGACCCGGGGUAGAAUAGGUCUUCAGCAAUCCAUGCUUGUCGUAAAAGGCGACUAUGCUUGUCGUAAAAAGGCGACUAACGGGAUCGGGUGGUCUGACUUGGCU